AUGGCCAUCCUGGACGUGCUGACAAGCAUCCCCCUCUGUGCCCCCCAUCCUCCAAGCGCGGUACCUUUGAAGAUGGAAGCAAAUGUGGAUGAAACGUUCGUUGAGGUCUUUUGCGCUGUCACCACUUUUACGAGGGACACUCGUGAGCAGCAGUCGUUGCCUGAAGAGAGCAAGGGUUUCUAUGCUGGGAUUAAGUUUUUACCAGAAUCGUUACAAAUUGCAGAGGAUGGCAAAGAGCAUGUUUUGACCAUUCUGAGUACUGUACCCAUUGCCUGUCCUGGGCAUGAUGAUUCCUGUAAAAUUACUCUACAGCUAAGUACUGAGGAUUUGGAUAGCCAAUUACUGGGGCCCCCAGACAUCGCCCUUUCGGCAUGCCAGGUGGAUCUGCUGCGGUCACCCUGCUCGGAAAGCAGCUGUGCAGCAGCUGCACUGACAGUGACAGCCGUGACAGACUUCGCUCAGGACGGGAACCGCAUCAGCCGCAUCCGAGCUGAGCCAGUCGGAUGGACAGAUUUGCUUUGGAGGUCUUACACACCAAAGGAUGUGAAGGUCAGAGUUCAAGACCUCCCAACAGGGAACUGCUACUCUUUCACUGAUCCACACAUUAUCACAUUUGAUGGAUGGCGCUACGAUAACUAUAAAAUCGGCACCUUCCUUCUGUGUGGGAGCGCGUCGCGGGUGUUCGAAGUGCACGUUCGGCAGUGGGAUUGCGGAGGCCACCGCUCCGCCACCGCCUGCAACUGCGGCGUAGCAGCGCGAGAGGGGGGCGACACCGUGGUGCUGGACACCUGCAAUGGCCAUUUUCGGGAGAGCAGACCCCAGCUUGACGUCAAAAGCACUGAGGCAUCGCCGCAUGUCAAAAUCCUCAAGUCCUACGGAGGGAGAAAAAUAACAAUCCUGUUCCCUUCGGGAGCGUUUGUUCGAGCCGACAUGAGUGAGUGGGGAAUGGGUUUGACAGUGAGGAUACCUGGCAGUGACUUCAACAGCACCAGAGGUUUGUGUGGCCUCUUUGACGGGAUCGGUCACAAUGACCUGAGCAAUAUGCCUGAGGAAGACUUCAUAGAGGAGUGGAGAAUACCUCCAGGGAAGAGCUUAUUUGACAAGACUCCAGCCCCUUCUGAGGGGAAGCAAAGGAAAAAUUACUGCAGAUGUCAGAAGGACAGCACUAAAUCCAUGCCUGUGGUAAACACACGGAGUGCCUUCCAGACUCUUUUCCCUCCAUCUUCUGGUUGCCAUUAUGAUCAUGUGGAUUACACCUCUGCAAUCCCAUAUCUAGAUGUAACAUCAGAGUUUGUCACUCACUCAGAAAUAGAGUCCACUUUAAGAAAAGAAGAGAAACCAUCAACCAAGUCUUUUGGUCAAAGGUACCUGCCUAAAUCAGUCCAAAAGCGAGGUAGCCCCGAGAACCAAUUAAAACCCCUCACACACAAUGGUUUCCUGAAAAACAACAGUUCCAUUAACUCUACCAAAACAACAGAAGACUUAAGGAGAGCAAAAAGGCAAGAAGAAUAUCAUGAAUACUCCUCCUUUCACUCGUUACAUAUCCAGAGCCAGGGAGACUCAGAGAGCAUUGCAUAUUUUUUCCCAGAGGAUUACUUUGAAGGGAUUCGGACAAAAAUUCCACUGGCAUGGCCCACUCCCAAUGGCCUAACUGCUGCCAAAGCUCAGGAGAUUUGUCACCAAAUUCUUGCAAAUUCCACCAUUGGCUUAGCAUGUAAAGGUCUCCUUGGAAAACAGAUGGAUGAGGCAACUGACAUAUGCCUUUUAGAUCUGCAGCUCAAAGAUGACGUGGCUUGUGUGAGGGCACUGAUAGCCCUUUUGGAAAAUGAAUGUGAAAGAAGAGUGCUAAGAAACAGAAAUAGUGUAUUUCGUGUAGGAAAUCAGCCAUCUGCUACCCAGGAGGAAAUCCUCACCAUCCUCCGGUGUCCUGCUUUCUGUAAUGGCAAUGGACAAUGUACUGAGCUGGGCUGCCAGUGCUUUGAAGACCACAGCUCCUAUGACUGUAGCAUUGCCAAAAACCAAGCUUUGGAAAUCACAGGCUUAGAGAAUGGGGGUCUCUGCAAUGUCCGUGCCUCUGACUGCACCAGGAUCCGGGUGUUCGGCCUCGGCUUCAAAGAGUCUCCCAAACUCCACUGCGAGGUCACCAGGUUAAUUCAUCUCAAUGGCGAAUGGAUAUCAAGAGAACGAGAAACCACAAAAGCAGAUUUUCUCAGCUCUGAGGCUGUUGACUGCCAGAUUCCUCUCCUGAACAUUACAGAGACUGAGGCUGUGCACUUUGUGGCCGGUGAUGAGCCGUUCGCAAGAUGGCAAGUGAAAAUCACCAACGAUGGCUUCCAGUACAGUAAUUCCAGAGUGCUGACCCUGUACGAUGCAGUCUGCCAGGCCUGCCAAUUCCAUCCAACCGGACUUUGUAAAUUAAAGGAAAAAACUUGUAAUAUAGAUGGACUUUGCUAUGGUGAAGGAGAGUCAAGCCCUACCAGUCCUUGUCUUCUCUGUGAACCUGACAUUUCUAAAUUCACUUGGUCUAUUAAUGAAAACAACCUGCCUCCUGUGUUCCAGGCCCCCUCCAGCCAGCUGCUGACAUUUAUUGGUGAGAAUUUUGUCUACCAGUUAAUAGCAGUGGAUCCGGAAGGGUCAGCUGUUCUCUUCAUCUUAGAGGCUGGGCCACAGGAUGCCAGGCUCUCUCCUGCUGGCCUUCUUAUCUGGAAAGUUGAUUCAGAAGAAACGCAGACCUUUGAAUUCACUGUGUCGGAUGAAUGCAAUGCACAGAACAGAUACACUAUUGAGGUUGGAGUGAAGCCCUGCAGCUGCCUCAAUGGUGGAACAUGUGUUACCAAUAUUAAAUUCCCUCCUGGCCUUGGAGAAUACCUGUGCUUAUGUCCAAAUGGAUUUGAUGGAGAAUUUUGCCAGGCAGAUAUUAACGACUGCAAAUCAAACCCCUGCGGCAGCGGAACAUGCACGGACAGUGUGGAUAGCUACUUCUGUAAAUGUCCCCCUGGUUUGGGAGCUGUGCUUGCUGCUGACGUUACGAAAGCUUUAAGCAUUGAAAAAGGCAAUGGCGAAGGUGAUUUGAACAAGACCGAGGUUAAACAGCUACUGCAGUCCUUAGAGGCAAAGGAUUCUCCUGUAAUUAAGGAUUCUAGCAUGAGUGACAGACAUGGCCAUGCAGCACCACUGUUGCACAUUACUACCUGUGCCAACAGGCCAUGUUUUCCUGGAGUGUUAUGUUUUGAUCGGAAACCCCCUUACAUCGGAUACGUCUGUGGCCGAUGUCCAGCAGGGUUUUUUGGAAAUGGCCGAAUCUGUACCAAAGUCCCCAGACCAGUUUCAAGAUCUUCCCAAAGCCAUGUGGAUAUUGCUGGAAGAAAUAUUGAAGAUACUAGAGACUCUCACCAAGAAGAUGUUUUAAAGACAUCAAGAAAUACAUAUUCCCUUCUUUUCCAAACUCAGAUUCCAAGACAAGAAAAUACUUACUUUUUGGAAAGAAACCCCACAGUCAUUAACACUCCAUCCCUUACAAUGAAAAGGAAAACUUCCCAAGCUCAAAUAUCAUCAGAAAAAAAAAAGUAUCUGGAUCCCACAGCACCCAAGAAACAAUCUUUUCUUGAAAAAAGAAGGGAUGCCCACACUUUCCUUCUGCAUGAAGAGCCAGACCCCAGAGACACAACUGUCAGCGUGACAACCCAUACCCCUCUCCCUUUCAAACAAUACAAACCACGGACAACCCAGAUCAUUCCUUCUCAUCGCAGCAAAAAUGCAAGUUCAUACUUUGCAAGGCCACAUGUUGUUCAAAAACCUCGUUCCAAGUAUGGCUAUUCUUCCAGGAAAUGGCCUGGUGGAGUUGCAGUCUCAAAGACUAAACUAUCCCAAGAUUUCCCAACAGAGCAGCAGAGAGUAGCUCCUCUGGCAACACGCCUCAGCUCCCCUUUCCAUUUAAUAGGCUAUUCCAUUGCUACUGUUCCCCUGAGGGCUACCAUCCCACCAGGAUCUGCUCCCCAAGCAAGGCUGCCAGCACAGACCACAGCAGCCAGAAAGGCAUACAACACAGCGAUGGAUGAUGUGGAACUGCCAAAAUCCAGCCAUGGGAUGCAUCAGAAAGUAACUUGCACUGAUAUGCCAUGCUUUACUGGUGUGCAGUGCUUGCCAGAUGAAGCUGAAGGAUUUAAAUGUGGGCCUUGUCCCACUGGAUACAGCGGUGACGGAAUAACAUGUGAAGUGCAGUGUGAUCCACCAUGUGAGCAUGGAGGAACUUGUCUAUCUCAGAAUACUUGUUCUUGUGCUUAUGGAUUUGUUGGUCCUCGAUGUGAAACAAACACUGUCACAAUGGUGGGGUCUGUGUGUCACCAGACCAGUGCAAAUGCAGACAUGGAUGGAGCAGCCCUUCUUGUGAAACGGCUGUUUGCAUUCCCCCUUGUAAAAACGGUGGCCACUGUGUUCGAACCAACGUGUGCUCUUGUACCGAGGGCUAUGCUGGAAGAAGGUGUCAGAAAA